UAUUACAUAAGCUCAGGAAAACACCAUAAUAAAUGAACAGGAAAUAAACUGUGGCCUACAUCAGUGAUGCUACCAAAGAAAGCAUUCUGGUUGAAUUCUUAGCUUUUCAUUGCCUUUUUUUUUAAAGUUUGAUAUACAGUCUGUACAGGAAAUGUGACUGAUGCUGUAAUCAUUGUGCAAUCCUGGAUAGGAUAGCUUAAGUGUUCAGCAUGAUAUUUAGUAUGCAGCUGGCAAGAAUGUACUGCACAAGCCCUGUUGGAUCUGCUUUCAGGCUGCAGUUACUGUUUGAAUAGUGAUCUCUGUUUGAAAUAUAUCUGCGUAAUUAUUGUUAUAUUAACACACUUGGCCACAGACAUUUUAAAAGUAAGGAAACAUCAGCACCUAACUGCCUCGGCUGAGCCUCAGCGAGAUCGAAAGGUUAAAUUCUUUCCAAGACAUUCUUAAAAAAAAAGAGAGAAAGGCAGUGUAAGGGAAAGUCAUACAUAUGCAGCUUACUGAGCAGUCUGUAUUAGAUACGCGCAUAUAAGGAGCCCAAGGGAGGCAGUAACUCACAGAGUUGCUCCAGCAGCCUCUAGUCCCCAUGGCAACGGCAGGCGGCCUCUAUCAGCUCCAUCUGAGAAUAGGUAAAGUAAAUCUGCAUGCAUUUGGCUGCCUGCCAACGUCUCAAAUGAAAGAGCACUUUGAACCACUGCCAGGCUUGGAGGAGGAGAGGGGCCUGUCAGGCCUGCUUAAUGUUGGCAGUUUGUACUUGGCAAGGCUUGCCUUUCCCAGAAUCCCUCAGUCUGGCAAGAAUCCAGCUGCUUAACGGAAGCUGAGAGUUAACCCCUGCGACAGGCCUGGGGAAGGCAGAACACUGAAAACUUUCCGCUGUGUCUGAGAGAGAGAGAGAGAGAGAGAGAGAGUGAUCUGUAUGCAUGAGAGUACUGCAGGGAUGGCAAAGAAUCUCUCAGGGAGAGAGAAGGAAAGCAAAAUAUCCUGCAUUGUAUGUACACAGAAUUAGACGCUGCAGGUUACUGCAGUGAAAGUUUCUGCCCAACACACCCUGCAGGAGCUUUUCUUUCUUUUUUUUUUUCUUUCACCAUGUGAAAAUGUACAAGCAGCAAUUAUAAUGCUAUGCAAAAUUUUAUUUUCAUGACGUCCUGUGCAAGAUUCCCUGAAUUGGUAGCUGAGAUAGAUUUACUGCCAAAGCCCUUAAAUAGCUGUAUUUGUAGUGACUGAUUACAGUCCAGUACAAUCUCUGGUACCAUGUAGUACAUACUAUAAGUAGAAAGGGAAUACUUUUUUAAGCACUGUACUAUAAUACCAUGCAUUGCUUGAUUCUAAAAAUAUUAAAAUGUCCAUAUAUAUAUAUAUAUAUAGGCUUAAAGUAAACAGGGAGCAAUUUCUAUCUCUAUAGAGUAUGUAAAAGGAUUGUGAGUCGAACUCUCAUCCACUGGACUGGGAAAAAGUGCGAUGGUAUUUGCUGAUGUAAGCACUUUUUUUUUCCAAAUCUCCUUCUUAAAUUUUAGACUGAAUAUUAGUGAAUUAAAAGGCACCCGGCUCGUGCUGGUGUGUGUUGGGGGAAAUGAGACCCUAUAAACUGUUCAUAUUUUCUAAACGAAAAAAAAUUGGUCAGUGUGUGGUGUGGUGUGUUGCGGGGUCCAUUCAGAAGAUGUGUAGGGAGUGGUUGGAGCAUGCGCGCUCGGACAGCAACAAGUGGCAUGUGUCGAUUCGGAACGGAGAAGAACUGCGGAACGUGGUGCUGACGUCACCGGCCCAGCCAGGUGGCAUUCCGAGUGGAGCGCGCGGACGUGGAGGCACAAUCAAAAUUCCAACUCCGCACGCGAGGCAGAAUGUGAAGCGCGCGCCUGGAGUCACGGUCCCGAAAUCGCGUCCUUCUGCACAACAAAGCUCCGACUCACAGACCGGUUGGGGUGUUUUUUUUUUUUUUGAGAAAAAUAUUUCCUCAUUUCUUUAUAAAGACCGAAAACAACCGAUCCGAGAGGGGAGGCAUUCAACAUGUCUUCUGCACAAGUCUCCUCGUCGAGGAGGCAGUCGUGUUAUCUCUGCGAUUUGCCCCGCAUGCCGUGGGCUAUGAUUUGGGAUUUUACCGAGCCGGUGUGCAGAGGCUGCGUGAAUUACGAAGGCGCGGAUCGGAUCGAGUUUGUCAUCGAGACCGCGCGACACCUUAAACGGGCUCAUGGCUUCCAAGAAAGGAGAUCCCCGGGACCAGCGCCGCCGCCCACAGUGAAGGCACAGGCAGCCAUGGCGGCUAAGGAGACGGUGCAGCUGAACCAUGUGGACGCCUCGUCUAAGCAGCAGCAACAGCAGCAAGGGCUCGAACGCUACUCCUUGAGCACAGAGAGAUCGCGCUUCGAUUACUCCAGCAUCGGGGCGCACACCGGACGCCUCCCGAACGGACUCGGAGGACCGAACGGAUUUCCCAAAUCAGACGACGGGCCUCCUGAGCUGAACCGCCAGAGCCCGAACUCUCGCCGAAGCCACGGCCUGGUCACGGUUCCUGGGCAAAUGAACGUGCCACCAAAUCUGCUUCCGCAGACCAUGCUGAACGGCCCUCCAUCAGCAGCCGGCAUUGCGCAGCACAGCAUGGCCGGCAGAGCCCCUCCAACAGCCAGCAUGAGCACAGCUUUGUCCAUGGCGUCGCAGGCGAUGUCAGAGCAAGGUAAAAGACCCGGUUCCGUGUCCAGCACGGACCAAGACCGCGAUCUGAAAGAGAAGCAGCGCAACGCAGAGGCUUUAGCUGAACUUGGCGAGAGUUUGCGGAACAGAGCUGAGGACUGGGCGAGCAAACCCAAGAUCGUAAGGGAGACCCUGAUCACACUCUCGAGCUGCACGCCCUUUGAUGUAAGGUUCAAAAAAGACCAUUCACUCUCGGGCAGAGUGUUCGCUUUCGACGCCGUGUCUAAACCCGGUAUGGACUACGAGCUGAAAAUAUUUGUCGAGUACCCGAGCGGAUCCGGUAACGUUUUUUCCAGUGCGUCCGGGGUGGCCAAACAAAUGUAUCAAGACUGCAUGAAAGACUAUGGCAGGGGGCUGUCUUCUGGCUUUAAGUAUCUGGAAUAUGAGAAGAAGCACGGUUCUGGAGACUGGCGACUGCUGGGCGAUUUGCUGCCCGAGACUGUGCGGUUCUUUAAGGAAGGACUCGGUGCUGAGAUGCUGCCGCAGCCCUACAUCGACGCCAGCUGCCCGCUGUUGCCUUCGGCGCUCGUGAACAUGCCGCGCGCCAUGCCGUCCUCCAGCGCGCUCAGACCGGGCAUGCGCAAGCGCAAAGCGUCGCCUGAACCCGACUCAGCCGAAGGCGCGCUCAAGCUCAGCGAUGAGCAGCAGAGGCAGCAGUGGAUAGCCAGUCAAAGCGAAGCGCUGAAGCUCACCAUGGCGUCAGGCUCGUUCGUGGCCUCGCACGGUGGCCCUCCGCCCCUCGGGCCCGUGCACUCGAGCCGAGCUACACCGCCCGAAUCGGCUCCACAGAACGGACAGUCGCCCAUGGCUGCGCUCAUGUCGGUGGCAGACACGCUGGGCAACGCGCACUCUCCAAAAGACAACAACUCCGUGCACUCCACCACGUCCACCAGACACAACAGCAGCAGCCCGGUAUCGCCCGCCUCCGUGUCGGGACAGAGGCGCUUGGCUUCCCGUAACGGAGAGUUAAACAUGGCCGGGACACCGUCUCAGUCCGCGUCUCAUCAAAACAUGGAGCAAGCGCACCCACAGAACAUCCCCGACUCGCCCAUGGCCAACAACGGACCGCUGUGUUGUACCAUUUGUCACGAACGCUUAGAAGACACACACUUUGUGCAGUGCCCCUCCGUUCCCAACCAUAAGUUUUGCUUCCCGUGUUCACGCGAGAGCAUCAAAGCACAGGGGGCAACCGGCGAGGUGUACUGCCCCAGCGGAGAGAAAUGCCCCCUGGUAGGUUCGAAUGUGCCUUGGGCUUUCAUGCAAGGCGAGAUUGCGACCAUUUUGGCCGGGGACGUUAAAGUGAAAAAGGAAAGGGACCCCUAAAAUGAUUAUGCUUCCCGAAUCAGAAACGUAAAUCGAGUCGAGUAUAUUAUAUACAUUUGUUGUGAAUAACUGACAAAGUAGUCCUAUGUACAGAGACCCUUCUUUCCGUCAUAUAUUUCAGUGUUUUGAAACAAAGGUACAGUGUGAUGUCAUGGCUAAUCUGAAGGAGGAGGUUGUUGGGUCGCAGUGUAUUUUGGUGGCAGUGUUAACGGUACGGUGGGGAAGCACUUUGCGCUCACGUUUUUAUUUGGGCUCAUGCACUUCUUUUAAGGUGAUAUCCCCCUCCCUCCCUUCCUUCCUUCCUUCCUUCCUCCCUCCCCUCCCCACCCACAUAUAAAUCCGGAUUGUUACCGGUGAUAUUUUGUCCUAGUUACCAAUGUAAACAGGAAGGUGCGAGGCAUGACUCGGUUUAUAGACCUUUAGUGGGCAUUUUAUUUUAUUUUUUUUUGUCUUUUGGUCUCUUUAUAUUUUUGACGUACUUUAUACACACACACACACACACACAAAAAACAACCCAGUGUCUCACUUUCAUCUCGUGUUCUGAAAGUACAAAUAUAGUUUCCUACGUGUUUUUCAUUCUCCUUCCUCUUGCUUUAAAGGUGCACGGAUGCUUAAGAGUAGAGCAAAAAUACUGUACAUGAACUUAAAUGCUCUGUUUGUUUAUACAUUUCUGUAGUAACAGAAGACUUGUAACGUGCCUUGGAGCUGAGUAAAUUGUAAUAAAUUCAUUGAUAUUAA